UCUGACACGUUGGAUUUGGUUAGAAUCGCUCGAUCCGCCUGUCAAAAAUAAUUUACAAAAAAUAGUAAAAAGAAACAAUAAAUAUUUUUAUUUUUCUUUGUUUUCUAAUAAUUACAUCACUAGUAAAUUGAUUUAUUAAUACAAUAAUAAUGCACAAUGUCAGUAGACAUAUUAGAACUAUUGCAAGCACCCGAAAUGACAAGAGUUUGUGCGCCAAUGGUGCGAUACAGCAAAUUGGCUUUCCGAACACUAGUAAGACGUUACAACUGCGAUAUUUGUUUUACACCCAUGAUCUUGGCUGAUUCGUUUGUAAAAUCUAAGGAAGCACGUGAUAAUGAAUUUUCAACAAAUGCUGGAGAUAAACCUUUGAUUGUUCAAUUUGCUGCUAAAAAUACUGAUGAUUUUGCUGAUGCAGCUGAACUUGUUGCUCCGUACUGCAGUGGCGUCGAUUUAAAUUGCGGAUGUCCUCAAAGAUGGGUAAUGAGUGAUGGUUAUGGCGCUAAAUUACUUGAAAAUCCCCAACUGGUUAAAGACUUGAUUUCCCAAGUAAGAAAUCGUAUUCCUAAACCAUUUACAGUAUCAGUUAAAAUUCGUUUAUUGAAUGACAUAAAUAAGAGUAUCAACUUUUGUAAAAUAAUGGAACAUGCUGGAGUGUCAUUUUUAACAAUUCACGCGCGAACUCCACAAAUGAGAAAGGAACCAAUAAAUAUAGAAGGUCUUAAAUUAAUUCGUGAUUGUGUAAAAAUUCCUUUGAUCGCUAAUGGGAAUGUCAGAUCUCUCGAAGACGCUGAAAAUUUACAUGCAGUAUCAAAGUGUCAGGGUGUGAUGAUUGCCGGUGGAAUUUUGAAAAAUCCAUCAAUAUUUUCUGGAUCAUCAGUGACUCCUUUGAGUUGCAUUCAAGACUGGCUUGAUAUCACAACAGCAAUUCCUACUAAAUUUCUUACAUUACAUCAACAUCUUGUUUUUAUGCUAGAAAAAAUUUUACCGUAUGAUGAAAGAUUGAUAUUUAAUAAUUUAAAAGAUUCACAGUCUGUUUAUGAUUUUAUCGAUUCUUAUUAUAACAUAAGACCACAAUUUUCUUAUACAGAUGAUAAGUAUCAUUAUCUUAAACCAACUAAUUGUGAUUAUAAUAUUAGUCCAUUAGAAAGAAAACGAAAUUCAUUAGAUGUUUUAAUGAAUGAUCUUGAUGAUAAAAAUGAAUCAUUUUUUUCAAGUAUUUUUAAUGAUAAUAUUUAAUUUACUUUUAUAAUAAACCCAUGUAAAAAAAAUCAUUCCAAAAACUUUCAUGACAGUGAACUUACGGAAUUGAGACAAUUCUGAAUUUCAACCUAGACAGCAUUCAAGUCGGAAUAACAGCUUUACGAUGUCUUUUUGAAGGCGUCCUCAAAAAGUCUGAUAAUGACUUCUUAAAGGUGUCAUUUUUAAGAACUCUUAAUUAAGAGUUCUUGAAGACUUCAUAAAUAAGACAUCAAUUUUGUGACAUCUAAAUGUAUUAUUUUUUAAACUUUUUUAUGUGGUUUUUUAUGAACAUUUUUAUGAAGUUAAAAUUAGGAGCUCCUUGAGACGUCAUGGUAAAUUCAUACUAAAGUUUGAUUUGCGGUCAGAAAAAAGAACUCUUUGAGAACUCUUUUUAAAGACUUCUUACUGAGUUCGCUAGGUGGCUCAUUCGACAUCUUGAAAACUUCUUAAGACUUCUUAGUCUUCAAACUUCUUUACGAUCUUGAUGGAACGUCAAAAUCAUAAAUAGGAAUUCAUUCAGGACGCAUCAAGACGUCAUUUUGCUAUUUGGGAAUUUGAAGAUUUUUGCAAUUUUUAAAAAAUUUGAAAGUUAAUUUUCAACUGGUGGAGGCUUUUCCCGUGCGUUUUUU